AUGAAGAGCGCUGUGAGGACCUGGCCGCUGACCCUUCUGAUGGGGACCCUGCUGUGGGCCACCUGCUCCACGGCACCCAUGCAGUGUCACUUCAACUCCAGAGCGUUGUGUGAGUAUGAGGGGAAGCACUUCUCUCUGGGGGAGACUUGGAUGGAGAACGGCUGUCUCCAGUGCACCUGUCUGCACCCAGUAGGAGUGGGUUGCUGUGAGACAGUGCAUCGCCCCGUGGACUUCCCCUCGUGGUGUGAGGUGCGUGUGGAGAUGCUGACCUGUAAGGUGUCCCUGGUCCAGACCGCUGACCCCAGGCUCGCCUGCUCCCCCGGGGACAACAACUUCCUGGACCCCAGGCAGGGGGGUCAUUUCAACCUUCCCCUGGGGGAGUGGGGCCGGUAG